CGGAAAAUGAAGUUUGUUGUACGAGAAACUCCAGGGAAAAUACCUCCUACACGUUUUUGCAUUUGCCCACAUCAAGUCCUCCUUUGUCAAAAUAUGUGGCUGGGCUGAACUAAUUGUCAAUGGCGGAGACUUCCAUUUCUCCAAGAAACCAAUUCUGAUAUAUCUACUACAAUUGUUUACACCACCCAAACAAAUCUCUCUUUUAAUCUGUGUAAUAUUGAAUACUUCCUUUCUUUACCACAGCAAAGGGUCGAUUAUUUUCUGUUUUCUUUUUUCCUUUUUUGUCUCUGCCUGUGAUUGUGAUCACUGAUGAUGAAAUGCUUGAGACGCAAGAAGGAUAGGGAAGUGACAGAUGAGACAGCAUUCUUGAUAAAUGGAAGUAUGCUAUUGGAGAAAUUGGUUGCCUUCUGCAAUGGCAGGUGUAAUCCUAUCCGAAACUUCUCGGCAGAAGAGCUCGAGAAAGCUACAAACAACUAUGAUAAAAAGCAAGUCCUAAAGCUGGAUGGCUACUUCGAAUUGUACAAGGGUUUUCUUCAAGACCGCCCAGUAAUUGUUAAGAAGUUCGUUGAAAACCAGAUGGAACAAUUUGCCAUCAAUGAAAUUGUAUACGCCUCUGGGAUGAGUAAACAUAAAAAUGCUCUCAAGUUGUUGGGUAGCUGCUUAGAAACCCCUUGUCCCAUUCUUGUUUUCGAAUCUGCAGAGGAUAAAACUCUUGCUGAUCGUAUUCUAGAUCGUAAUGAUGCCUUCUUUCAGACUGUACCAUGGAAUUUGAGGUUAAAGAUUGCAGCAGAUAUUGCUAAUGUGGUGGUGUAUAUUCACACUGCAUUUCCAAGGCCUAUUGUUCAUAGAAACAUCAAAGCCUCAAAUAUAUUACUGGAUGAGAACUAUGUAGCUAAACUGUCCGAUUUUGCCCUGUGUGUGUCUAUUCCUGAAGGUAAGUCCCAUGUAAAGGAUCUUGUGGCAGGGACAGUAGGACUCAUUGCACCCGAGUCCUUGGCUGGAGGUUAUUUCAAUGAGAAGAGUGACGUUUAUAGCUUUGGUGUUACACUGCUUGUCCUUUUGACUGGACAGAGAUCAUCCGAUUUGUCACGUAAUGAAAAAGGAGAAGAAUUUCUUCUGGUGAAUCAAGUGAAAAAAUCUAUUGAAAUGAAUAUAUUUCGGGAGAUGGUGGAUCCCAUUAUUGUUGAAGAGGCAGCAAUGCUUGGGAAGGAGCAACAAUUGGAAGCUUUUCGAAGUCUUGCACUUAGAUGCAUUAAUGAUUCGGCAGAAGAUAGGCCAAUAAUGAUAGAAGUGGCAAAAGAACUUAGGCAUAUUUAUCAAUGUACAAUCUCUCCUUAUCAGCCUGCAGUCCAUCAAUCUUGAUUCUGACUUCGGUGCUAUUUUGCUUUUGUUAGUGAUGGAAUUUUUCUUUUUUUUUUUGAACAAUCUUUCCAGCAGUCUCUCUUUGUUUUCUACAGAAAUCCUUGAUAAUUUGGGCAGUAUUUAACUAAUCUUGUAUCAGAGGCGAUUCAAUUCAAUACAAAAAUUCAUAUCUGAGUACUAA